UAGAUAAUAUAAUAGUAUAAUACAUACAAUUUGAAUAUUUUAAUAUUUGAAUAUUUGAUAGAUCUUAGAUCUGUAUGUCACAAUUUUAAAGACCCAUCAAAUUUUUCUGAUAAUAUUUUAUAUUUUUAUCUAUCCGUCCCCGUCGAUCCCUAUAGGAGGAAGUGGUAUCUUGGUAUCUAAAAUCUAGAUUAUUGAUAACCGAAAAACGUAAAUUGUAAAUACGUAAUAUUAAUUUUAUUUUAAUUAAUAAUAAUUAAUAGUAGGUUUUUACAUUAUAAUAUUCUAUUUUGUUUGUACUUUCUACCUACAAACUAGUUACGAGUUGAUAACGUUCCAUGUUCGGGAGUAGGCGAUCGCCAAUCGUCAUCGAUACAUUCGAUGUGACCAUUCUUGUGCGUUUUUCUCACGUAUAGAUCGGCAGGGCAAAUCGAAGUGACCAUAGAGUAUUAGAGCCCUAUCGGGAUUCUAGUAGGUUUCAUAUUUCACACGAAUAACUAUUGUUAGUACUUGGUUUCCAUCGGACAUCAAACCUAUCACGGAGUAUAUACAAUUUACUAUGUGCUAAUCCGACUCUUCCAGAUGUCAUCUUUCCGUGCUCCAAAAAGUGGCAUUCACACUUUGAAUAGUUCUAUAAGCUCACCCUCCAUUUUAAAAAAAUGUGGAAAGCAAACAUUAAAUAAUGUACCUGGUCGAAGAGUGUGUUUUGAUUUAUUCAAUAAUUUGAAAUUAUUACUAAUUAAUUAUGACAGCAGUAAUAAAGAUGAUCAAAUAGAGUAUAACAAUCUAAUUUGUGACAUUAGAGACUUGGCUACCGAAAUUAAUGAUAAUGAACUUAUCAAGUUAUUGAAAGAUGCCAGAAAUUGUGUGAAUAUUCUAAAUGAAAAUCUUACCCUUUUUGUAAAAGUUAUAUUGAUUUUAAAAUGGAUGAACAGAAGUGAUGAUGUAGUCAAGGAAUAUCGAUUAUUUUUACUCAAUGUUUGUACCGCCUACAGCUAUCAUACACAAUUUGCAAUGGAACAACUCGUGGCAUGUUUUUCUCAUGUGGACAGUGCUGUUUGUGAUCGUAUCAAUGGUAUGCCAUCUCAAGAGGAAGAAAGAGGAUUUAAAAAUGUCCAUGUGACUCUUGAAGCUCUCUUGAAAGCAAUUCCAUUAGCAAAGGAUUUAUUAAUAUCAGCUCUUAAAAAAAAGUUCCCAUACAAGACAAAUACUUCUUGCUCCCAUCUUCAUUACAUACACAAUUUACUUUACAUUUUUGAGUAUGAACCAUCCUUGAGAAAAAAUAUUCUGAAUCUCAUUAUCAACAAAUUAGUAGAAAUUGAUGUUCAUAUACCCAAAGAUGAACUAGACAGAUUGGAAUCGAAUAUUAAUAUUGAAAUUGAAGACAUAUUUCCAAUGGAUGUAGAUGAAAGCUGUAUGAAAGUUUGUCCUAAUAAAGUUGAAGAGGAAAAUUUUUCAGAUACAUUGGACAUUUGUCUCAAAAGAAUAUUUAUUUAUAUGAAAACUACUUGUCAUAAUCCUGAUGGUAGUUUAUUUUGGGACAGUACUAAAUUGUUAUACCAUGAUUUGUUAUCAAUAUUUGAAAAUGAAAUUCUUCCAACAUAUAACAGUAGUCAUAUUCAAUAUGUAAUUUACUACUUUCUUAGUUUUAAAACUACUUUAGCUGAAAAUUUUAGUAAUUGGUUGUUGAAAAAAUGUUGUGAUGUAUCAUCUCCAUCUACUCUGCGACAGGCGGCAGCUGGUUAUUUGGCUAGUUUUCAUUGCAGAGCACCAUUCAUUACAAAUAACGUGCUGAAGAAUACUCUAUCUGAAAUGUCUAGGUGGUGUAAUAACUAUAUUAAUAGUGUAGAUAAAUCUGUUAAAGUAGUAGAUGAAGAGUUAUUAAGAUGGCAUUCAGUAUUUUAUUCAAUGUGUCAAGCAUUAUUCUAUAUAAUUUCUUUUAGACAUCAAGAUCUAAUGGAUAAUAAACGAAAUCUUAGAUUUAUGGAAAGUUUAAAUUUGUCUAAUAUAGUCACAUGUAGAUUAAGUCCAUUGCGUCUAUGUUGUUCAAAAGUAGUUGAUCGUUUUGCACUUAUUACAAAAACAUAUCAAUUGACUUAUUGCUAUGUGGUAAUGGAUGGUCACAUUAGAGUCACUGAUCAAUCAAUCAAGGAUGAAUGGUUGUACUCUUACUUUCCAUUUGAUCCAUAUGUUCUUCCACGAUCGAAGAAUAUGAUCAUACCAGAUUUAUACAGAGACAUCGAUUGUAUUAAAAGUUCUAAAGGAGGAGAAAGAUAUAUUGACAAAAUCCCUUCAUCGCUUCCAGAUAACAUGGACAUUAGUCCAAGUAUGGUGUUAUCUCCUUCACCUGCCAAGACAGAUUGGCUAGGACAAUUUGCGUAUGGAAAUAAUACUCAUAUAUUAUUUUGAUGAUGUAAACUGUUUAAAAAAUAUAGUUAAUUUUGUUAUUAUGUCAA